GCUCGCUGGAAAAGUUUGGGAACACUGUGAAUGUAUGAAUCCAUGGGGGAUUUAACAGCAACAAAAGGAGAACAACAAGAAUACAGUUUAUGCUGCAGUUAGUGUAAUCUUUUACAGCGGACGUUAAAAAAUGAUCGUAAAGGACACGGAAAGAUCGUUUGUGCCCUAGAAUCUAGUUUGUGUCAUCCACUAAUCCGCCUGGAAAGUUAGUUUAGUCGGAGCGAAGGAGAAAAAAAACUCCCGAGGAAAUGGCGGAAACCAAAAUAAUCUAUCAUAUCGACGAGGAGGAGACGCCGUACCUGGUGAAGAUCCCCAUCUCCUCGGAGGAGAUCACACUGUUGGACUUCAAACAAGUCCUUAAUAAACCCAACUAUAAGUUCUUCUUCAAGUCCAUGGAUCAGGACUUCGGAGUGGUGAAAGAAGAGAUAUCAGACGACUCGGCAAAGCUCCCCUGCUUUAAUGGAAGAGUGGUGUCAUGGUUGGUGUCUUCAGAAAGCAUUGCAGUAGAAGUGGCAGCACCUCCAGCCCCGGUUGCAGAAGUCCGACCAGAACCCUCGCCCCCUCCGCCUCCUCUUCCUCCUCCACCUGCAGAGCGGCCGGGCGGCAUCGGAGACUCGAGACCCCCUUCCUUUCAUCCUAAUGUGGCCAGUAGUGUGGAGACUCUGGACGAGACAACAGAAACCGAAUCGGUUCUGUCAUUCAGGAGAGAGAGACCCAGACGCAGAGAGAGCUUGGAGCAGCACGGGGCACGUGUGAAUGGUCAGACACGGUUAGAACGCCACCUGGCAGGUUAUGAAAGCUCCUCUACCAUGAUGAGCAGUGAACUGGACACCACCAGCUUCUGUGACUCAGAUGAUGAUGACACCAUGAGCAGGUUUAGUUGUUCUACAGAACAGAGUACGGCCUCCAGAUUGUUGAAGAGACACCGCAGACGCAGGAAACAGCGCCCUCCCAGACUAGAACGGGCAUCAUCAUUCAGCAGUGUGACUGAUUCCACAAUGUCCCUCAACAUCAUCACUGUCACACUCAACAUGGAGAAGUAUAAUUUCUUGGGCAUCAGUAUUGUGGGUCAGAGUAAUGAGCGGGGUGACGGAGGCAUCUACAUCGGCUCUAUUAUGAAGGGUGGAGCUGUGGCUGCAGAUGGGAGAAUAGAGCCUGGAGACAUGCUACUGCAGGUGAAUGAUAUAAACUUUGAGAACAUGAGUAAUGAUGAUGCUGUGAAGGUUCUGAGAGACAUUGUACACAAACCUGGACCCAUCAUUCUGACAGUGGCAAAGUGUUGGGACCCGUCACCCCAAGGAUACUUCACACUGCCCCGCAGUCAGUCUUCAUUUUACUAUGAGCCGAUUCGACCCAUUGACCCUGCAGUGUGGGUGAGUCACUCUGUGGCCAUGAGUGGUGGAGCGUACCCUCCCUACCCACCCAGCACCAUCACAUCCAGCUCAUCUGUAACAGAGACAGAGAGAUUUGAUGAGUUCUCGCUCUCCCUGCGCUCUGACAUGGCAUCGGUUGCUAAAGCCAUGGCCUCUCCUGACUCUGGUCUGGAAGUCAGAGACAGAAUGUGGCUGAAGAUCACCAUCCCCAAUGCAUUCCUGGGUUCUGAUGUGGUUGAGUGGCUUUAUCACCACAUCGAGGGCUUCCAGGACAGACGAGAGGCUCGUAAAUAUGCCAGCAACCUCCUGAAAGCUGGCUUUAUCAGACACACAGUCAACAAGAUCACCUUCUCAGAGCAGUGCUACUAUGUGUUUGGAGACUUCAGCGACUGUGAAAACUAUAUGGCAAACCUCUCUCUGAAUGAUAAUGAUGGUUCCAGUGGAGCAUCUGACCAGGACACUCUGGCACCAUUGCCCUUGCCAGGGGCCACACCCUGGCCCUUGAUGCACACCUUCCCUUACCAGUACCCACAGCCCUACCCCAGCCAGCCCCCUCCCUACCAUGAGCUCUCCAGCUAUAGCUACACACCAGGAAGUGCUGGUAGUCAACACAGUGAAGGAAGUCAUAGCAGUGGUUCAACGCGUAGUGAGGGCGAGCGAAGGCGGGGCAGUAAAGGAGGCAGCAGCACCAGCGGUCGAGAUGAAAAAUCCCCCGUAGGAGGUGGUGGAGCUGACUCCCGUUCUGGCAGCGGCAGUGAAUCGGAAUACUCUGUCCGCAGCAGCCGGAGGCGGGAGCACGGUUCCGCCACACCCAGCGAGCACAGCCUCAGUCUGAGCCAGCGGUCGCAUCACAGAGUUCCGCCCACCCACCUGGCUACAUAUCCCCCAGGUAUCCCCAUCUCCUACAACCCCAUGAUGGUCAUGAUGGUUCCACAGCACCCCCACCCUCAUCCGGGCCUGGGCGGCCCCAUUCCCACCCUGCCCACUGCGGCCGCUCUUCAUGCCCUGCCUCCCUCUUCAACACCUGGCGGACCACCUGGAGCUCCUCCCACCAGGGAUCUGGGAUCCGUUCCUCCUGAGCUCACCGCAUCCAGACAGUCCUUUCAUCUGGCCAUGGGCAACCCCAGCGAGUUCUUUGUGGAUGUUAUGUAGUGGGAUGAAGGCGAGGAAUGUGGUUGAAAUGUGAAAUUAUUGGCAUAGUUUGCCUGUAAUGAAAAGUCUGUCAUUAUUUACACACCCUCAAGUUGUUCCAAACCCGUAUGACUUUGUUUUGUGGUGGAACACAAAUGGAGAUGUUUCCAUUGUAUGGAAAAAAGAUGCAAUGAAAGUGAAUUUUGACUGAGGGUCUCAUUCUGCCUAACAUCCACUUUUAUGUUGCUUGGAAUAAAGAAAUGAUGACAGAAUUUUCAUUUUUUUGGCGAACUAUCAUUUUAAUUGACUGUGCCGACAACAAAGAGAGCAAAAAGCCAAAACAAGUCAAGUGUCUCGUGGGUUUUCAAAGGAGUUGGUCUAAUUUCAAGAGGACGCUUUUUUAAAUGUUUGUUUUUGAAAACUAAACACAGCCAUUUUCUUUUUGCUUGUCCCAUGAUUAAUUUUUUCCACUCUUUUUGACUCUUGUGUGUACGGUACUUUUACAAAUAAGCAUUCACCGGUACUGCUAACAUUGCAACUUGAGUAUGCUACCAAUGACGUGAAUGUUGUGCUUUCGUAAUACGAAUGGAACAGAGAUUUUGUUUGUUCUAAAUUUGGACAAAUACAAGGCACAGUAGAGGUACGGUGAUAGGAACUACCCCUUUUUCUGUCUAGUUGUUCAAAGCAAAUCUGCAUAUGCAUAAUGUUAAUGAAAUCUUCCUCAUCACUGUACACGCAUGUAUGUAAUGCACAAUAGUAAUAUGCAUGUGGUGAUGUGCAAUGUAGAUUGCCAUUUUCAGUUGAACACAUUGAAAAGUUGAAUGCAACAAGUACUGCAACGUGUUUACGAAAGUACACAAUGAAAUUUUCGAGUGACCACACAAAGCAAACAAAUCAGUUUUAGAGUAGUGAUACAGUUUGUUAUUUACUCACAGGUUGUUCAAACAGGGUGUUUAAAGGAAUAUUUCACCCAAAAAUGACAAUUCUCUCAUCAUUUAUUCACCCUCAUGCCAUCCCAGAUGUGAAUGACUUUCUUUCUUUUGCAGAACACAAAUGAAGAUUUUUAGAAGAAUAUCUCAGCUCUGUAGGUCCAUAUAAUGCAAGUGAAUGGUGAUCAGACCUUUGUAGCUCCAAAAAUCACAUAAAAGAAACAUAAAAGUAAUCCAUAAUACUCCAUUGGUUUAAUCCAUGUCUUCUGAAGCGAUAUGAUAGGUGUGGGUGAGAAACAGAUAAAUAUUUAAGUCCUUUUUUUUUUUUUUACUAUAAAUCUGCACUUUCACUUCCACAAUCUUGCGCUUCGCAUUCUUUGUGUAUAUCGCCACCUACUGGUCGGGGCAGGUCAAAGGUGGAGAUACAUAGAUUUAUAGUAUGCAUUGUAUGGACCUACAGAGCUGAGAUAUUCUUCUAAAAAUCUUUGUUUGUUUUCUGCAGAAGAAAAAAGUCAUACACAUCUGGGAUGGCAUGGUGGUGAGUAAAUGAUGACAGAAUUUUCAUUUUUGGAUGUACUUUCCCUUUAAUGAUACAUUAUUUUAUUGAAUAGAAGAUCAUUUUCAUCUUUGUCUGAGAUUUUUGGAUUAAGAGUGUUGCCAUAGUGUGUAUAGACUGUAGUUAAAUCUUAAACCCUGACCUAGAGUCUUUAGAUCAGGAUUAUUUCUAAGGCACUGACGUUUUUUUUUUUUUUUUUUCUGUUUUAGUUUUGAAGCUUUGUUUUGAGAUUAUGUUAAAUCACACAGCUGGUAAAAUAAUGAUAUUAUAUCAUAUAUUAGCUUUGAAUUUUUAAAUUCCACCAUUUUACUUUUAGCAUGUUGCAUUUUUUCCCUACAUGUUUGUGAAUAUGUUAUAUUGGCUGUUUUGCUCAAAACUGAAGCGUGUACGUUUAGCCAUAUUGGAAAUAGUGGACACUCUUCAGGGUGUUUAUUGUUCAGGAAUAUGAAUUCUGCCGCUGGAUAAACUAGAUCCAAGUCUAGUUUUAAACUUUGUAUUGUCCUUUGAGUCUCUUGAGACUGGACGGUCAGCUGUUUCUCCUUGUACAACACGUUUCUAUGAGCAUGUCUCUGAAUUUCUUUCUCAGUUGCUCACAUUUUUUGUUUAGUACGUGUUUUAGAUUAAUAGACCUGUUUGGCUGAUCUGAGACCAGUUUUGUGGGUUUUUAUUAUGAUGGUUGGAGUUUGGGAAGGUAGGCCUGGUGUUAGAUUAGUAUGAGAAGGUAACUUGGAGCCAAAUGCCUCAGCUGGAACACAUCAACUGACAUUUUUGUACUAUUAAAAGAAUGGGGCGAAUUUCGAUUUAACAUGCAAGCUACUUAAUGAUCCAGGUUUAAGGAGCAGUUAGUUGUUUCUUUUUAAUUGAGUGGUAUGCUUUGUGAUGAGCCAAAGGCUAAACUCAUAUAUAUAUAUAUAUAUAUAUAUAUAUAUAUAUAUAUAUAUAUAUAUAUAUAUAUUAUUAGUUGAAGUCAGAAGUUUACAUACACAUUAGCCAAAUACAUUUAAACUCAGUUUUUCACAAUUUCUGACAUUUAAUCAUAGAAAACAUUUCCUGUCUUAGGUCAGUUAGGAUCACUACUUUAUUUUAAGAAUGUGAAAUGUCAGAAUAAUAGUAGAGAGAAUGAUUUAUUUCAGCUUUCAUCACUUUCCCAGUGGGUCAGAAGUUUACAUACACUUUGUUAGUAUUUGGUAGCAUUGCCUUUAUAUUGUUUAACUUGGGUCAAACUUUUUGGGUAGCCUUCCACAAGCUUCUCACAAUAAGUUGCUGGAAUUUUGGCUCAUUCCUCCAGACAGAACUGGUGUGACUGAGUCAGGUUUGUAGGCCUUCUUACUCGCACACGCUUUUUCAGUUCUGCCCACAAAUUUUCUAUCGGAUUGAGGUCAGGGCUUUGUGAUGGCCACUCCAAUACCUUGACUUUGUUGUCCUUAAGCCAUUGUGCCACAACUUUGGAGGUAUGCUUGGGGUCAUUGUCCAUUUGGAGGACCCAUUUGUGACCCUUUCUGGCUGAUGUCUAGAAAUGUUGCUUCAAUAUACCCACAUAAUUUUCCUUCCUCAUGAUGCCAUCUGUUUUGUGAAGUGCACCAGUCCCUCCUGCAGCAAAGCACCCCCACAACAUGAUUGUGCCACCCCCAUGCAUCACGGUUGGGAUGGUGUUCUUCAGCUUGCAAGCCUCACCCUUUUUCCUCCAAACAUAACAAUGGUCAUUAUGGCCAAACAGUUACAUUUUUGUUUCAUUAGACCAGAGGACAUUUCCCCAAAAAGAUCUUUGUCCCCAUGUGCACUUGCAAACUGUAGUCUGGCUUUUUUAUGGUGGUUUUGGAGCAGUGGAAUUUUCCUUGCUGAGCAGCCUUUCAGGUUAUAUCGAUAUAGGACUCGUUUUACUGUGGAUAUAGAUAUUUGUCUACCUGUUUCCUCUAGCAUCUUCACAAGGUCCUUUGCUGUUGUUCUGGGAUUGAUUUGCACUUUUCGCACCAAACUACAUUCAUCUCUAGGAGACAGAAUACGUCUCCUUCUUGAGCGGUAUGAUGGCUGUUUGGUCCCAUGGUGUUUAUACUUGCGUACUAUUGUUUGUACAGAUGAACGUGGUACCUUCAGGCAUUUGGAAAUUGCUCCCAAGGAUGGCUGAUUUCUUUUGAUUUUCCCAUGAUGUCAAGCAAAGAGGCACUGAGUUUGAAGGUAGGCCUUAAAAUAUAUCCACAGGUACACCUCCAAUUAAGUACACCUCCUAUCAGAAGCUAACUGGCUAUUUGUCUAAAGGCUUGACAUCAUUUUCUGGAAUUUUCCAAGCUGCUUAAAGGCACAGUUAACUUAGUGUAUGUAAACUUCUGACCCACUGGAAUUGUGAUAUAGUCAAAUAAAAGUUAAAUAAUAUUUGUUUGUAAACAAUUGUUGUAAAAAUUUCUUGUGUCAUGCACAAAGUAGUCCUAAACGACUUGCCAAAACUGUAGUUUGCUAAUAUUAAAUCUGGAGUGGAGUGGUUAAAAAAUUCAUUUUAAUGACUUCAACCUAAAUGUAUGAAAACUUCUGACUUCAACUCUGUGUGUGUGUGUGUGUGUGUGUGUAUAUAUAUAUAUAUAUAUAUAUAUAUAUAUAUAUAUAUAUAUAUAUAUAUAUAUAUAUAUAUAUAUAUAUAUAAACUUACAAUCUUCUCCUGGCAAUCAUGGAUCAUGAUUACACUCCUAGGACUGGUAGAUUGUAUUAAUGGGAGCUAAUGUACAAACAGGAAUCAUUGUAAUGAUGACUGUAGGUUUAUAAUAUAGGUUUAUACUGUAGACCUGACAUUGACGCAUUUCUACCUACUUUAUUUUUGACUAACUUUUUUUUUACAUGUAUAAAUCAUUAUUGUAACAUUUUGAAAUCUAAAUAAAGGUGUUAUA